GGAAGGUCAUCGCACAGCUGACCGCCCACCCGCCCGCCAACGUGGCCAUCGAAGACUCGCUUCGUCACCUGGAGUAUCUCCAGGACUACAAGGAAGCCUUCGCCAGGAACGACGUCCUCGUUGUUCUGAUGACGAUGCUCCUCCAGAACAUGGACGAAGACGAUCCCGAGGCUAUGGACGACGCCGCCGACAAGCCGAGGGCGGACAAGGAGGUGUUCGAGGACGCCCUGGCGACGAUGCGCAACCUGGUGACGCUCCCGGACCCAGUGAUGGGCGACGCGGGCUUCUCGCCCCUGCGCAAGAACCUGCAGCUCGACUACAUCAGGCACUUCCACAACGAGGGCGCCCUCGACUUCUUCCUGCUCUUCGGCGAGACCCUGAGCGCGGAGCAGAACGUGGACCACGCGUGGGCCCUGGCCGACAUCCUGUACCACGUCUGCACGCACGUGAACCCGGAGGAGCUGGUGCAGAAGCAGAUGGGCAGGGACAAGAAGGUGCUGAGCGACCUCCUCGGCCGAGAGAAGGCCGACGCCCGGCUGCGCAUGCCGCGGUCCACGCGGCACGGGCGCUUCGGCACCGCCAUGGUGGCCCGGGACGGCCACGGCGGCAUCAGCUUGUCCGCCUCCGUGCAGGAGACCUACAGCGUCAGCAGGGGCGCCAAGCUGAGCAGCCGGGAGUUCAAGGACCCAUCGGCGCGCAGCGGCAGCAAGAAGCAGAACAUGUUCCACGACCCCUUCUUCACCGACCUGGAGGAGGGUUCCGUCAGGGACCACAACCAGCUCAACCCGCACCUCCGCAGCGGGCUGGACGUGGCCAAAAACAUCCCAGGCCCGGUGCUGGCCGGGCUGCACAAGUUCUUCGACGAAUUUGUGCAGACGACGUUCACGGGGCUGGUCCAGCUGCUUCGGAGCUCGCUCGUCUCCAGGCCCUCCGAGCGCACUGUCACCGACAACCACGGGCGCCCUCUGAUGCUCAACUUCGUGUCCUGGGUCCUCGAGUUCCACAGGCACAGCCACAAG